CCCAAGCAAGGAAUGUGUUACUGACAAGCCCCAGUCAGAUUAGCCAGGGCAGCUGCUGAGUGAAGAAAGGAGCCAGUGGCUUGACUGGAGCUGAUUUUCAGCUUGAUCUUUGAAGCGCCCACAAUAACUAACUGGAGCCAGGACAGUAAACAGAAUGCAAUGGUGUAUCGUGUGGGAAAUGGCUUACAAAGAAAUGAAGAAACGAUGAACCCCCGAAUGAAUCGACAGUUGACGGCGCGGAGAAACAUGGAGCUCGCUGUUACAUUGUUCGUACUGCUGAUGGGAGUAAUCUGCCCCCGGGCAGCGGCGGAUGUGAAGCUUGAACAGUGUCGGUUUGCACUGGGAAUGCAGGACUCCAUCAUCGGUGAUGAGGAUAUUGUGGCAUCCAGCAUGUGGACAGAGUCUACUGCGGCAAAUAUGGCAGGGAGUGCAGCGUAG